AUGGAGAUCUACAAGCAAUGGAGCCAUUACAUACAGCAGAAGCAGCAUCAGGGACGGAGCUACACGGCCAAGACGUGUGACAUCACGGAGGGUCAGAUUGCCGAGUUCAAGGAGGCCUUCCAGCUGUUUGUCCGCAUGGGGGAUGAAAAGAUCUUAUACAGCCAGUGUGGGGACAUGAUGCGGGCCCUGGGCCAGAACCCCACCAAUGCUGAGGUGCUCAAGGUUUUAGGGAAUCCCAAGAGUGAUGAGAUGAAUGUGAAGGUGCUGGACUUUGAACACUUUCUGCCAAUGCUGCAGACCGUAGCAAAGAAUAAGGACCAGGGCACAUAUGAAGACUAUGUAGGGGGGCUUCAGGAAGGGAGCUGCACUCUGGGUGAGAAGAUGACAGAUGAAGAAGUGGAAGUGUUGGUGGCAGGGCAUGAGGACAGCGAUGGUUGUAUCAGCUAUGAAGAGCUAGUCCGGAUGGUGCUGAAUGGCUGA